ACAGAUGUGUGGUAACUAUAUAAACACAGCGCCCUUUGAAGAGAUAGAUUGGAGACGUGAUGAAGUUUAUUAGUAGGAGAAACACGAUGAUUCAAAAAUGCGGACGUAAUUCUGAUCUCCUGUUUUACGCAGUUGGAUGGAAGUCGAUAAUGUAUUAUGCAAGUCAUAGGCUGUUGGAAUGUGGUAGGAGGUAUCGCAAAAAAGAGAAAGCAGAAUACACUCCUUCAGAGUUUAGCGGGUCGCGUUAUAUCUACUUGGAAGGACGUGGAAGGUAAGCGUGAAGCAAAAAUUCACAAGACAACAUGCAAGAUGAAUUUGUUAACAUCGGUGCCACGCCAACACACAUUGCUACAUGGGGUAUCGGAAAAAAGGAAGAAAUACAAAAUUGUGAAGAACUGGUAGUUCUUAUUCCAGGAAACCCUGGUUUGAUUGGUUAUUAUAAAGAAUUUUUAGAUACCGUUUAUAAGAAUCUGAAAAUGCCGCUGUGUGUGAUAUCACAUGCAGGACACGAAUUACCAACGGGCAGUGUUACUGCAGUUGACGGACAGCAGUCUUAUGAUCUUGAUUUUCAGACUCAACAUAAAAUAGAAUUUAUAAACAAAUAUGUACCAAGCAACAUCAGGUUGUAUCUUGUUGGCCAUUCUAUCGGGUGUAAAAUUAUACUGAAUAUGUUGAAAAAUGAAGACAUAGACAAGCGGGUGGUUAAGUGCUAUCUUUUAUUCCCUACAGUUGAGCGAAUGGCGGAGUCACCCAAUGGAAAAUUCUUAACAAAAUUUGUACUCCCUAUAGUACCCAUAAUAUUGUUCUUAUCAUGGAUAUUCACUUUGUUCCCCAGUAAGAUACAGUACUGUCUACUGUACUUGUAUUUUUUAAUUCGUGGUUCAGGAAGUGAUGCUUCUGAUGUUACCAGACAAUUAAUUAAUCCACAGAUAUUGAGAAAUGUUUUUUCCCUAGCUGAUGAUGAAAUGAAUACAGUGCAAGAACUUGAUCACCAUGUAGUAGACUUGCACAAAGAUAAGCUGUUUUUCUACUAUGGUGCAACAGAUAACUGGACACCUGUUAGUUAUUUUGAACAGUUGUUAAAACUUCACCCAAAUGUAAAAGCACAGUUAUGUAGUAAUAAUUUUGAACACGCUUUUGUGUUAUCAUCAGCAAAUGAGGUGGGAAUGUAUGUAUCUGAAUUGAUAAAAUCUGACAAACUAAAAUGUAGUGGCAUAUAGUAAAAUACUUUUUUGGAGAUUAUAGAUGGCAUAUUUGCUGGGACUAGUGUAGCAGGGGAUACAACCCGUCGGCUUUGGACAAUGUCACAAGUCGCCAAACGAGAAGCGAUUCUUCUUAGUGUUGUAGCUCCCUUCAGUAGCUGAUAAGUGUUUUUUUGGCUUUUUAAAAAAAAAAAUCUCACAAGAUAGAAUAAACAGAUCCACUUUAUUAAGCAAUCAGUAAAAAAACGAAACUGAAACAUAACAGCAAAAGCGAAAAUGGUAAACUGCUCUCUGGCGACUUGUGACGUCAUUGUCCAAAGCUGACGGGUUGUAUCCCCUGCUACACUAGACCCUAUUUGCUUAACAGAAUUAGCACUGCAAGGAUUUACUCAAGUCACUGUAAAAUAUAUGUACAAUGGUACACAUUAUAUUCAUUGCACUUGUACCAAGAAACACUACUGGAAGUAGGAUAAAGAAAGCAAUAAAUUAUUGGUGCUGCACCAGUUUAGGACUGAUUUAUGUUUACUUGUAGCUCAUAUUUUGUUUUUAUUCAUUCUCCCAAUUUUGUGUUUUGCCUUGCCAAGUCUCUGUAUUCACAGAAGCUCCACAAUAUUGUAAUUUUUUCCCCAAGUGUGAAUUUUUUUCAACUAUCCAUUUUAUCACAGAAAAAUUAACUUCUGACAUUGUAGUCAUUGAAAGAAUGUUGGCCAUGUAUUUUUUUUUUCGUUAAGUUACAUCAAUAUUUGUACAUUAAUGCAGAUAUCCUCAGAUCUUUGUCCUAGAGAUGUGAAAUUAUAGUGAGUUUUGUAUUUUGGUAACUUAAUCAUGUAGAUGGAUUGUAUCACUGUUGUGAGUAUUUGUAAGACUAGACUAUUUUGUACUUUUUAUGUUUAGCAAAUAUAUUUUUAUAGUUUUGUGAGGAUAAGUCUACAUUAUUAUAAAGAUUACCAAUUGGUAUCAUAUUGGAUUGGACAUAAGUAAUUUUUAUCCAGUUUUAACCACACAGUGCCAUAGUUGUACUGUUGAGUAUCAAUUUUCGGAGGAUAUUUUGUAUGGUUCAUAAUAAAAAACAUUAUUUUAGAAAAUAAUUUGCUAUAGAAGUAAAUUAAGAUGGAAAAAACCUUGGGUUACUUGCUUGUCACAAGAGUUGUGAGGCUGGAGAAAAUAAGCAAACAAGUAAGAUUUCCAAACAGAAUCAAAUGCCUAGAUGCUAGUACUCCAUAAAGAGGAAUGAGCACUAAAAAUGAGAAAAGAUGGAGGGGAACAAAGAGACAUUAUUGUAAUUUGUUCACAGCAUCCUGGAUGAGGACUCCAUAGUUCUGGAUUGGCCAAAACUAAUAGAAAUCAGUUGGCUUUGGUUCUGAUUGUUUAGUGUGUGGCUGCUGCCAACAUUGGCGAUAUAACAAUGCAGUACCUGUAUGUACCAUAACAGUUACAAAGUGAUAAUUGUGGCAUUCCAUGUGAAACCAGUAAAUUCACGUGUAGUGCCAGACCUGUGUGAGGAAAACACAACAUGUUUCCCCUGCACCCCCCCCCCCCCCCCACACCCUCA